AACAUAAGUUAAAACUAAUUUCUUUUUGAUCUAAAUGGUUCACUUUAUUAUUAUUCUACAGCAUGGAGAAAGAAUCUGUAGGACAAAUGCAAGAGACAAGUGUUUGGGACAUGUGUAUGACUCCAGUCCUAAGUCUGAUUGGUGUCUUGGGGGCUCCAUAAAAGGAGAGUGUAUUAGGAGUCAAACAGGCUCCUGGGAAGAGAAGAAACGCCACAGUGUCAAUACAGAAGAGCUGAAGAACACCAUCAUCGUGAAAGACGGAAGAUGAGUGUGGAGAAAUGAGAGUUUUGGAGGUAUUGCUGUAGAUGUAGUUUGGAAAGUUGCUGUUUCAAUACAGAGACAGAUCGUCUUUAUUUCUUGGGCCGGAUCAGGCUGUUUGUUUUCGUCUCAGAUCCAUGAGCCCUUUCUAUUCAUGUUGCCAUGGGCAACUACAACGCCGCACUUACAGCUGAUAUCGAAGAUUUCAAGUCCAUUGUGUCGACUCUAGAGAACCAGCGUAUUCUGUCUGAACACAACAGACUGGGGAACACACUUUCAGUUAAUCAUGCUGUCGAGGAACAAGCAGGACAGGAAAUGAAUGAAGUGAAUCAGGAACCAGACUUGCUGGCCCUCAAGUUUCUUUAUAACACAGAUGAACCCAAAGACACCAAAGAACCUGUCAGCAACUGUACCUCUGCACCUGCACUGGCAGUUUCCUCUUCUUCAUCUUCUGACACAACAAGCACAAUCUCGCUCCCUGCCUAUCUCUCUGCGCUAUUAGCAGCUAAACCCCGACCGGCCCUUCAGGGCCCCGCCACCUUGGAGCAGAUGAGAGCAGAGCUCCGAGAUCUUCGGGAUGAACUGGAUACGCUGAGGACUCAGCAGAAAAAAGAAAUCAAACUGCUCAUGAACGAACUGGAUGAAGAAAAGAAGAUGCGUUUGUCACUGCAAAUUGAAGUAGAACACCUUAAGAAACACAUGUCCAAGUGAGCCAACGCUGAGGUAUCCAUCACCUGAUCAAACCACAGAUACAUCACCUUGAGUCUAAAGAGUGGAACUGAAAAACUUUCAGAGACUAAGGAGGGACUCUUGAGAAUUUGUAUCAAGAUUCAUUGUGAAAACAUAUUGUGUUAGUGCCUUACACUGCCGCUACAUGGGAAAAAUAUAAAAGAAUGUUUUGGGUUUUA